AUGGAGUUUUUCACAUUUGGAUUAUGGCUUUUUAUGGGCACUACUUUGAUCACUGCUCAUGCUUAUGUUUUUUGGAAGGUUUGUAAUAGAGAACCUAAUGAUAAUGGGAGUGAUGUGGUUGAUUCGAAGAAGUUGCCGUGUUUUGAGUACAAAGUGGAAGAGAAGAGUAAUAGUCCUGAAAUGGAUUGUGUUGUGUGUUUGGAGAGUUUCAAGAAGGGUGAUCUUUGCAAGUUGUUGCCAAUUUGCAAGCACACUUUCCAUGCUCAAUGCAUAGAUUCAUGGUUGAUCAAGACACCCAAUUGUCCGAUCUGUCGAACAUGCGCGAAUUCAAAGUAG